AUGGAUUCAUUCUUGUAUUGUGUAUUUCUAUUAUCAAUUUCGCUAAGUGAAACUCGUUAUCAUUUAUUUAAAAGUUUUAGUGGUGCAUAUAGUGAUUAUGACUGUCUAUAUUUAGUUGGCCACAGUAAUAAAGCAGCGGUUUUGGAAUCAACAAUAUCCUAUUGUAUUCGGGCAACUGGAAGAAUUCGAACAUCACACGAGCCAAACUGCUAUGACGGUACACUUUAUUCGUUUAAAGACCUGAAACAGAGAGACAUCCAAAGUGAUCAGUUGUUCGACUGGUAUGCAUCUAUAGACGUCAUUGAGCAAUACCAAAGUUAUAUAGAUAGCCGAAGUAAUUACGAUGGUGAAACUACAUUUUGUAAUUGUAGUGGACGAGCAUUCGGCCAGUUUUGUGAAUACAGUUUUAUUCUUGAAAAUACUAAUCCAAAGGUUACAUCAUUAUCCUCGCUACUCCUUAUGACCUAUAGGUACAAAAUAAACACGUAUAAAUAUUUGGAUAAAUUGAACAAAAUAAUAAAUGCAACGUGCUAUCAACAAUGUCCAGAUAUGAUAAAUAAAACAAAAGUGAAAUGCUUAGAUUGGAGAGAGGUGUGCGAUGGUAAAAUUGAUUGUUGGGAUGCCAUUGAUGAAAGUAGCAUGUGUUUCGAAUUAGAAAGAAAUCAUUGUAAUAAUGAACUCGAAUACCGUUGUCGUAUGGGCACGUGCAUAUCGAAAAGUUUUGCAUUUGAUAUUUAUCCCGAUUGUAUGGAUGACAGUGAUGAAGUUGAUACAGGACCUGUAGCACGAAGUUAUUAUGGAUGUAUACUUUUAUCGACUAUUGAAUGUGAGGAACAUUUUUGUGGUCGUGCACAAUUUUCGUGCAAUGAUGGACAAUGUUUAAGGAACUAUUUUCAGUAUUUCGAUACAAAUUUUGAUAACUCACCAUGUUUUAAUUUACACGAUGAAAGCUUUUGGACCGAUAUGUUCUACUUGAAUAAUUUAACUCUGGUCAACAACGACGACUGCUUGCUGUACACUAUGUGCAAGUUUGGCUUUCACCGCAUCCACAAAAAUGUGGAAUGUGUUGAGCCACUUAUUAACGAAGAUGCAUAUCUAAUCAAAUGUUAUUCUCGUCUGGUUAAACUUCCAACAUAUAACUUCUUUGCAUAUCCGUCAGUACAAUUCCUUUAUAAUAUAACAAAUGCAACUUUUCUAAGUGUGAUCCCAGAUUAUAUUUGUUAUGAUGAGAUCGUUUGUAACGGUAAAUUCCAACCAAAUAUGUAUAUAAAUGGGUUAUCGUGUAACGAAUAUCACUAUUUUAAUAUGUCUAAAAACUCUUCUAGUUGGGGUAGCUUGUUCAACAAUAUGCAAAAUUUAUUUUCAAUCUGUUCGUCAUUUUUACGUACUGAUUAUGAUGUGGCGGAACUGUUUUCUUGCUCAACAGCAAAUAAUUUUACAUGUAUAUCGAAAGAACGUUUACUAGAUGGAUACGUUGAUUGCUACAAUGGAAUUGAUGAAAACGUAAAUGUAGACGGUUUGAAUGUAUGCAACAUGAGUCUGUCGAGUCGUUUUCAGUGUAAAACAAUAGCUAAUCAAUGCAUACCUAGAAUAUUCGUUAAAAAUGGCAAAUACGAAUGUGUAGACGGGUCUGAUGAGAAAGACAUGAUUUCGUGUACUUCCGAUGAUGAACAAGGGUGCGACUGGUUACGUGACGGUGAUUUAAAAGUUACAUCAAAAUACUUGUUCGGAAGACUGUGCGAUCGAUUUAUUGAUAUAAUCGAAGACAAUAACGGAAUGACAGACGAAACAGAUUGUGACUAUUGGUCGUGUCAUACAACUUAUACAAAUUGCGAUAAAAGGUGGAACUGUCCAAAUGCUGUAGACGAAAUUAAUUGUUUGCACAAAAGGCCAGGUGUUCCUACAUGUUUCCAAGAUGAACAUCGGUGUGUACAAAAUGAUUAUGGUAAUAUGACCUGUUACAAUUAUAUGUUAGCUGGACAUGGCAUAAAUAAUUGUCUGGGUAAUAUUGAUGAACGGGCCAUCGGUUACUGUCAUGCGCAGUAUCCAUUAAUCGUUCACAAACGGUUUCAUUGUCGUAAUAGUACAAUAUGUUUGGAACCAAAACAGCUGUGUGAUUGUGUUUAUGAUUGUCCACUGCAUGAUGACGAGGAAUUGCUAUGUAGUUGGCUACUGGAACAUCCAUGUUCAGUUGGUCAGUUUACAUGUAUGGAUGGACUAAGAAGGCUGAAUCGCUUUCGAUGCGAUGGUUUUAAGAGCUGCAACGGUGAGGCUACUGAGGAUGAAUGGUUUUGUGAAAUUGGCGACUACCAAUUUGCUAUGUAUAAUAAACUUCCAGAUAUUCCAGAGAAACGUUCGUUGUUGCCAUCAAAUAUUAAUGUAGAUAUGGACGAAGUGUAUUACGGAUGGCAUUGUAAUCGGGGUUUGGUAUUACACAAUAAACUUCAGUAUAAAGACAGUUGUAUGUCUCCUCCAAGUUAUUACGGCGAUCAUUGUGAAUAUCAGCGCAAACGUCUGUCGAUUAUAUUUCAGCUGGCUGCACCAUAUUAUUUGAACAAGCCGUCUGUUGUUAUAAAAUUGAUAUUUUUUCUAUUAUCAAACGUCACGACCUUCAAAAUUAUCGAUUACGAAUACAUUGUGCAUAUGCCGUAUGUGUUCAGUACCAAAAAAUAUCUAUUGUAUAUGUUAUAUCCAAAACUCUCGGCUAUCAACACCAUUACAGAACCGUCUUUUGUGUGCAUUGAUGCUUAUCUUGUGACACCUGCAAGUGUGCAAUACGUGUAUACAUGGUUCUACACUUUAAAAUUUCAAUUUCUGCCAGUACAGCGUUUAGCUAUUAAAUUAGUUUUAGCGCCGGAGUUUCGUACUUGUAGGAACGUGCUAAACUGUAUACACGGUGUAUACAUUAUGUCUAGUAAUGAUAAUUCGGCCUGUUUCUGUAAGUGUGAUUCUGGAUGGACUGGUCGACGAUGCGAUACGAAAACCGUGAUCUGUAAAUCGUUUUGCCGUGAACGUUCACAUUGUAUUGAUUUUGGAGACAGGCCGCUGUGCAUAUGUGCGUUAAAUCGAAUUGGUUCAAGAUGUCAAAUUCAAUUGAAUAAUACCUGUGAUAAAGUGAAUUUUUCUUGUUCUAAUAACGGCAAAUGUGUUGGUAUCAGCGAUGAACGCAAGUCCCUAAUAUCGCAUAAAUAUGUAUGUCUAUGUGAUGAAAAAUACCGCGGCUCCAGAUGUGAAAAUACCAGUCCCACACUCACUAUUUCUAUCAACAUAACGACACCAUUAAAGACAAAUUCAGUUGCUGUCGUAUAUUUCUGUUACAUCAAAGAAGGUGAUGAAUAUAAUAACGGAAUAAAAACGAUGACUUGUGAUCGUCUAUUUUUUCAAGAUAUAAUGGUAUCCAAGCUGCCCACAGUUUAUGCAACUCAUGCUAGCAACUGUAUAACAGAAAUAUCAUGGCAAACAUAUCUAUUAUUAAUCAGCUGUUUUAUUUCAUUUAUACCACAAUUAGCUACACAUACAAUAUUUAUCGUACCAUCAAAAAUGUAUACAGCAGAAUUAGAAAAUGUGUUACAACGUCUCUAUAAAAGCCUGUGGAUAUAUGAAUAA